UAAUUUCUUUAUUUAGAUUUUCAUUUUCAGGGGAAAAAUAAACCCCACCAUCUCCCCCAAACACUUCAAAUUAAUAAAUUUAUGGAGCUACUCACAUCAACAAGUGCAGGAGUGAUUGUCGUAGUUGAUGCCAAUAGAAAUAAAAAAAAUGUUGAUGCCCUUGACUGGGUUAUAAACCAUUUCGUUCGUCCCAGAGACAAACUACUUUUACUUGGAGUUCUUCAAGAUUUUGGAAAGAAGAAUUACUCUUGUUUCCCAUUAAUUAGCAAUGUGGGCAUCUCUGGUAUAUGGGAAAAAUUGGAGUUCUCAUCAGGACAUGGUGAAGUAAAUCCCAGAGAGCUUGGAGCAAAAUUAGAAAGGAAACGAGUACAAUACCAGAAUAACCUUGAAAAAUUCCAUCGACAAUGCAGGAGAAAAGAGGUGAAAUUGGAGGUUAAGCUUGCAGCUGGUUAUUGUCCUGGGAAAAUAACAGUCGAUGAAGCACAAAACUCAAAUACUCGCUGGAUCGUUUUAGACAGGUGGGGUUAA